GCCCGAGCACUUUGAACGAUGCCUCUUUGCGGUAGCCAGCGAAGCGCACAGAAAGCGGCUACAACCUCAGGCCUGAUCCUUUCCAAGGCUCUGCUUGUUCGAGGGCUUCUUUCCCGGCGCUGGCGAGGCUCCCUCCUUCCCAGGCAAAGAGGCGAGCCGGGGGUGGAAUCGACCCGGCUCAGCGCAGCACUGAGGCUCGCUCGCUUUGCGGCAGUGCAGGGAGGCGUGCGCCUGAUGCAAUCCGGCUGUCAUAGGGCGUGAUUUCUCGAGGAGUCACUGGGAAGCCGGAGGGGGAGUUUGAAGGGAAGAGCCCCGCUCGCUGCUGGCUUGGGAGCAACCAUGUCUGCGGUGAUAAUUGAGAAGACAGGCAGGCUGGCCUUGGGAGAGGUGUAUGUCUCCGAUCUAGAAGGAUGCGACUGCACAGGCGAUGGAACGAAGGACAAACCUUUCAAAACAGCUUUGAAGGCUUUGCUGACUGUGGGAAAGGAGCCGUUUCCUACAAUCUACGUGGACUCCAGUAAAGAAAAUGAGAGAUGGGAUGUUAUUUCCAAGACUCAGUUCAAGAACGUCAGGAAACAGUGGCAGAGAGAACUGACAAAAACCGAAGCUCGAGAAAAAAAAGAGGCGGAAGACGCGUUGCGACGUGAAAAGAACUUGGAGGAAGCAAAGAAGAUUGUCAUUGAGAAUGAUCCCAGCCUUCCAGAGCCCAAAUGUGUAAAGAUUCGUUCUCUAGAGGCCCACAGAGGGGAGAGAGUGAAGGUUUUUGGCUGGGUCCACAGAUUACGGCGGCAAGGAAAAAAUUUGAUGUUUAUUGUGUUACGGGAUGGCACAGGCUUUCUUCAAUGCGUCUUGACGGAUGAACUGUGCCAGUGUUACAAUGGAGUGCUGCUCUCCACCGAGAGCACCGUUGCCGUCUAUGGAACGCUCAGCCUCGUCCCUGAAGGCAAGCAGGCUCCCGGAGGCCACGAGCUGUCCUGCGACUAUUGGGAGCUCAUCGGCCUGGCUCCGGCCGGUGGAGUCGAUAACUUGGUCAACGAAGAGUCGGACGUGGACGUGCAGCUGAACAACCGUCACAUGAUGAUUCGAGGGGAUACCCUGACCAAAAUCUUGAAGGUGCGCUCCAUGGUGGUCCAGUGCUUCCGGGACCACUUCUUCGACCGGGGCUAUUAUGAAAUCACCCCACCAACGUUAGUCCAAACACAAGUUGAAGGAGGAUCAACUCUGUUCAAAAUGGACUAUUUUGGGGAAGAGGCGUAUCUGACGCAGUCGUCCCAGCUGUACCUGGAGACCUGCAUCCCGGCCUUGGGGGACACGUUUUGUAUUGCUCAGUCAUAUCGAGCGGAGCAGUCUCGGACACGCAGGCAUCUGGCUGAAUACACACACAUCGAAGCUGAGUGUCCUUUCAUGACCUACGAAGACCUCUUGAACCGUUUGGAGGACCUUGUGUGCGACGUGGUGGACCGAGUCCUGAAAUCGCCUGUGUCGGCCUUGGUGUACGAGCUCCACCCGGAAUUUGAGCCCCCCAAGCGACCCUUCAGGCGAAUGAACUACGCAGACGCUGUUGUGUGGCUCAAGGAACACGAUGUGAAGAAGGAAGACGGCACCUAUUACGAAUUUGGAGAAGAUAUCCCGGAGGCGCCAGAGAGACACAUGACAGAUACCAUUAACGAGCCGAUCCUGUUGUGUCGAUUUCCGGCUGAGAUUAAGUCCUUCUACAUGCAGCGCUGCCCGGAGGAUUCCCGCCUUACCGAAUCGGUUGACGUCUUAAUGCCCAAUGUUGGUGAGAUUGUCGGAGGCUCAAUGCGUAUUUGGGACAGUGAGGAGCUGCUGGCUGGGUACAAGAGAGAAGGCAUUGAUCCUACGCCAUAUUACUGGUAUACGGACCAGCGCAAAUUUGGCACCUGCCCUCAUGGAGGCUACGGUUUGGGCUUGGAAAGGUUCCUGACCUGGAUUCUGAACCGGCAUCAUAUUCGGGAUGUGUGUCUCUACCCACGCUUUGUCCAGCGCUGCAAACCCUAAUCAGAGUCUUCAGGAUAAACUGUAGCCUAGCAAAACCCUGUCCAUAAAAAUGUGAAGACUGCAUUUCAUACUUCUACAAUCUGCGUUCAAAUAAGAACAAAUAAUCAUUUCCCUUUCUCAAAAGAAAAUGUCUUUACGGUUGGUGUUAAAUUGAAGUCGGGUGGCUUUUAAAAUUAAUUAUUCCUGGCCAGUCCCUCUUGCCCAUCAUUUGGAGAUCUGAGCUUACAGUCCUAGAUUAAUUUCUAGUUUAAACAAACGUUUAAACUUUCCUUUACUUGUUAUGUGUACAUCCUACAUAAAAGAAUCAGAGUAUUUAAUUACUUUCCAGUGAAAAGAGCUGGAUUUGGGAAUUUGAUUUUUGGGUUUGGGCAAUACCUAUAAACUAUUGGAUACGUGCAUUUUUUGCAAAUGUGAAAUUGAUUGUGAGUGCAAGAUCUGUAUGUAUUAGAAUGUUAAAAUAGCAUUGUGUUUACUGGUAAAGAGCAUUCAACC